AUGUUUUCCCUGUUUAUAAUUUUUGGUUCUGUUUAUAUUGUUUUUUUUUGGAAUGAGGAGUUUGGUAUAACUGAUCGAAUCAUAUUACAACUGAGUUUGUCAGGACAUCGAGAUACAAUAACUGGAAUUGACUUUAAUGUAAAUGGAAAACAACUUGCCUCCUCAUCGUUGGACUCCGCAGUAAUUUUAUGGAAAAUCUAUCCUCGUCUACACGUGAUAAGACUUGCUGGGCACAAAGUGACUUGCGUCUCCUUCUCUCCGUCAGGAGCAUUGUUGGCCUCUUCUUCGAAGGACAAGACCGUAAGACUGUGGAUUCCUUCAGCCUUCGUCGGGCACACUGCUGCUGUCCGACAUGUCGAAUUUAGUCACGACGGGCAAUGCUUUAUCACAUGUUCUGACGACAAGUCAAUAUGGACAACUCACAGACAGAGAUUCCAAUCCUCGUACAUUCAUCAUUCGAAUUGGGUUAGCCGUAGUUUUGCUUCUGUAAGUGACGACAAGACUGUCCGUCUGUGGGAUCGAGCUAUCAAAGACCCCGUCCAGACUUUCCGUCUUGAUAACUCUCGAGGGACAUCAAUCAGAUUCCAUCCUGGGGGGUAUUUUAUUGGAGGAGGAAUUGACGAUGGUUCAGUCAAGAUCUGGGACAUUCUGCACAAUGCCUCAGUAAACGACAUCUCCUUCCACCCUUCCGGGAACUAUUUAAUCACUGCCUCCUCUGAUGGAACAGCCAAAGUUUUAGAUUUGAUCGAAGGGAGACUCUUCUACACAAUCCACGGUCACAAAGUUUCAAUCAAGUUUUCAUGUGACGGCCAAAACUUUGCAACAGGCGGGGCAGACGAACAACUUUUUUUGUGGAAAACCAAUUUUGAUUUGGCGGUUAAAAAAGUGCAGGAAAAAGAAAAUGAGACUAAUAUGAAAAAAUACGAGACCGACUAUUGUUCAGCUGCGGAGGAUCAAAGUCUUCCGAGAAAUGAAGAUCCUCAGAAUCAUGUUAAACAGCUCAACGGUGGACAAACAGAUGAAAAUUUUUCUGAAUUUGUCUUGAAUAUAAAACAGGCUCUCGAUAGAAUAACAGGACAAUUGGACAUGUUGACAGAGGUUGGAUAUGGAAAUAACUAUGUAGACUGUGGGUGUACUCGAACACCGUCUUAG